AUGAAACAAACGAUUUUAUUACACGAUUGUGUGCAGUUUUUAAAAGAAUUGCAUCUUUAUCUUCAAAACGAACAACCAUGUGAUGAAAGCCGAACCACAUCCGACCCGUUGGAGCUGGACCAAACUUCGUCUAAUUCCGUAGAAGAAGAAAGCACCUAUUUAAACGUGGCCUCCUGCAUCCCAUCCAGUAACGCACGUGUUGCCUUAGCGGCGCAAUGCGUUUGCUUGCUGGAGAGAAUCGGAAAGGAACUAGGUCUCCCGGACGUGCACGUGGAAAAUGUAACCAUAGAGGGUGAGCAGGAGGGGGAAGCUUCUUACCUCGACAUGAGCGGAACCAACACACCGAAGGUGAAUUUGAGCAACUCCUCGGGCAGCAUUGACGUAGGACCAAGUGAUCCGCCGGGGGACGGUGUUGAAGAAUUGGGAACUGAAGCGCUUCCGGUGGAAGAGGAAAACUCCUACGAACUCACAACCGAUCAGAUUCUUUACGACGAGUGUCAGCAGGAGGUAGUGUGUCAGGAAACCGAUUCGCAGAUCAUCAGUCCGAGCCCACAAACGCCAACACCGGAGCAGAGCCCUUCUGACGAAAGCCAAUGUCCCUUUGGAGGCCUUCCGGCCUCACAUUUGCGUCUGCAGCAAUCACCCAAACACGGCACGCUGUUCAAACAGGAAAAACGAUUAUUUUUCGAUCAGUUUAAGAAGUAUUACGUGGGGUUGAUUGGCAAGUGGCUGCUCGUAUACAACAGUCACAACGAUCUCAAGCCGUGGCAAACGAUCUACGUCAAGGGCAUCAAACUGGACCUGAGCCUCAACGAUCACAUCAACGAGAAACACUUGUUCCAGAUCAUCACCAGUACCGACUCGAAGGUGCAUUUCCUAUCGCCCAGCUUCCAGGAUCUCAACGAAUGGAUAGUGGCGAUCGAGAACAAUCUGAUAAUCGAUAACAAAGGGGUGGAACGCAUGCCAAACGAAGGGACUGUGGCCAGAAAGCUACCUUCACCACCUCGCUCUCCGUCGGCGGCGAUCGGCGGAGACGAGACUGACCGACUCGCAGUUCCAACCCAAGAGGAUGGGAUUUACGAGGAACCGGCCCUUUAUCUGAAGCCAGACACGAACACGAUUCCGCCUAAGCAUCCUUUCGGAUACGAUACGCCCAAGUCGACGUGCGUCGUUCACGAGGCUUGUGCUGAAAAUCCAAAGCCUGAACUUCCAAAGAAAACUCUUGAACCCGUUGUUGCGGUCGCUCCAGCGUCCUCACCUCCGGUCACGCCAGUAAAAAGUUGGCUGAAAAAUAAAUUUAAUCGAUCUCCAAACGAGCCCUUGGAAGGGAAGGCAUCGAAAAAGGCGCUCAAAAAGUUGUCCUUGGAGGAACUUUCCCUACCAGCGGAUUCGCCAGAGGAACCAAAAAUAAAACAAUUGCCACCAUCGCCAAAAUUUUCCCUGCCGACCACGCCGUCGAACAAGGGAACGAAAAUCAACAUGAUCAUCAGUCAGCUGGAGGCCAACGGACAGCUCAACUUGCUCUCGAAGCGGAUGACGGAAACGAACAAGCGGUACACGUGGGUAGCGGACGAUGUAACUGGCUGA